AUGGCUACUUCUAUUGUACCCAAGGAUAACUUUCACGCAGACACUGACGAUAUCGGUUUUGAAAUUUUCUGUCUUAUCUGGCUCGAUGAUAAUACAACCGCUAAAGAUAAUCGAGAUACAGAACAGAAAUUACGUUCUAUCAUUAAUCGUCUCAAAAAGUUUCAAGAUGUAAAACAAUGUCAAAAAUAUAUUGCAGAACGUUCACAAAAUGAACGAGUUGUCAUGAUUGUUAGUGGUCGAUUGGGAAGCGAAAUAGUCCCUUCUAUUCAUAAACUGCGACAAGUUAUAUCGAUUUAUGUGUAUUGCAUGGAUAAGAAACGUAAUAAACAAUGGGCUGACAAAUUCAAAAAAGUAAAAGCUGUUAUCGUUGAACUUGAUGAACUAAUUUCUCGAAUUCAAGCUGAUCAUAAAAUUCAGAAAAUGGUGGAAGAACCAUUAUCAAUUAAUGUUUUCACCAUAGGGUCUGAUUCAGGCAAGUCAACAGCUGAUGUAAAUGGUAAAUUUGUUUUUUUCCAACUUCUUAUUGAUUGUCUUCUACGAUUAAAAUCUACUGACAAAGAUACAAAUGAGCUUAUUAAACAUUGUGAAAAGGUAUAUGAAGGAAAUAAUUUUGAAUUAAGGAAUCUUCGUGAAUUUAAAAAGGAUUAUUCGCCUGACAAAGUCUUACGGUGGUAUACACGGCAAUCGUUCUUUUUCAAGACUCUUAAUACGGUUCUACGCACCGAAAAUAUACAUAUGAUUUUUUUAUUUCGUGCAUUUAUCUCUGAUAUACAACGUCAAUUAAAAAAGUAUCAAGCUAAACAGUCUCUACGAGUUUAUCGUGGACAGGUGAUAUCAAAACGUGAACUGAAAGCUUUACAGAAAUGUUGUGAUCAAUUUAUUUCCGUGAAUUCAUUUUUUUCUACUAGCACUGAUGAUGAACAAGCUAGUGUUUUUCUCAAUGUUCCUGAUGAUGCAGACAAUUUAGAACCAGUACUAUUUGAAAUCUAUGCCGAUCCUAAGAUAGCCACUACAAAACCAUUUGCUGAUAUCAGUGCACAUAGUGAAUUUCCUGGUGAAUCAGAAAUACUUUUCAUGCCUGGUUCUAUUUUUCGUUUGAACAGCGUCAAACGCAAUAGUGAUAAUCAAGUAUGGGUCAUCCAAAUGACGUUGUGUAGUGAGAAUGAACAUGAUUUAAAACAAGUUCUCACGUAUAUGAAACAACAACUUGGUAGUGGAGAAACAAAUCUUCGAACAUUGGGAAAAGUAUUAUGGAAAAUGGGAAAACUUGAUUUAGCUGAACAAUAUUUUACUCGUUUAUUAAAAGAACUUCCACCAAAUGACCCUUUACUCAGUAUUUUGUAUGAAGAUCUUGGUGAGCUGGCAUCACAGACUGGUGACUACAACAAGAGCAUCAAGUGGCAUCAAAAAUCACUCGCACUCAAGCAUCAGAAUGAAUUAAGUGAUACAGUCAAUAUUGAUCAACGUAAUAAUUAUAUUGAUGCACCAAAGACUCCCGAACACGUACCUGCUCCAGUUGUACCCAAACCUAAGGUGAAGCCAUUUGAUGCUUCACACCAAUUUAAAGGCGAACAAUUACCGAAAUCAGGUAUGUAA